AUGUCAGAUUUACUAGAAGACUACAGUAAGCGAAAGCUUGACUGGAAAUUGAAAUUGGUUACAGAAUCACCUUUAAGUUAUGUGAGGCAUCAAGCAGAUUUAGUGAAUGAAAUCCUGUUCUGUGUGGAAAUUCCAUGGGGAUUACUUAAUUUAUGGAAAACAAUUCUAGAGCACACUUCCUGUGAAAAUGCAAAUAUUUAUAAUUAUGUUGAUCUUGUUAAUGCUACUUUUGUCGACCAAUGGUGUAAAAUAAAACGUAAUAAUCAACGCAUUAACGAAUUGCUUUGUAAGCAGUGCAGUUAUGUUAGUUCUGUUCAUAAAAAAGCCAAGGGAAGAAAGAAAAACAAUUUAUUAAAUGAUAACGUCUAUAAGCUCAGUGUUAAGCGAGGGGAAGUGGCAACCUCGCAAGCCAGGGUCUUUUACCUGCGCUCGGGCUCCGGCGAAGACCCUGGUUCCCUCUGGUCACGUGAACCCCCAGAUUUUAGGGGUAAUUCGAAUUGGCGCCUCUUUGCCACUUAGGGAGGAGUGGUAGGGGGAAUUCAAGAGCGAAAACAAAAAAAUCUACAGGGUGUAUCAAAAUAAAUGCAAUUCAUCUUUUGUGCUUAAUAACUUUCGAAAUACUAUCUCUAGUUAAACGCUUUUAGGCUUACUUCAAAGCCUGUUCUUUUCUCUUUCAAAUAAACUAAUUAUCCUUGUCCCCAAUGCUUGUAAUAAUUGCACAGGAAAAGAUUUAGUAAAACCUAUCAUUUUUAGUUGCUGUUUAAUUAUGCUAGUUUACUAUGUUAUUGUUUAGUCGGUUUAAAUGUUAGAAUUUUCUUCUUUAAACUUUAAUGUUGUCGUCACUACAUCUGGAAAACCACGUAAGAACAAAUUAAAAGUAUUUUAAAAGAGACCAGUUGUUUGAAAAUCCUAAACAAAUGCUAAAAAUCGUCAAAACAUUCUGGUGUCUGAGCCAGAGUGUCAUCGAAUUGCGAUGUAAUGUAAACAGAAAUUAUAGCAAGUUGAUGUCAGUCGGCUUGGAUGGUCCAAGCCAAAAUUAUAUCGCAUUUGAAGUUUCAAACUGAGUUAAAAAUAGUGGAAGAAAAGCCGUAAUUAUACUUAUUGUUACAAUCCAUUUAAUAAAAUGCAACAUUUUUUUGUUUUAAUGAAAAAAACAGUUAUUUUGAUGAGAACGAUUUGUUAAUUCCAUCUCAAUUUUUUUAAUCUCCAAUCGCAAUAACGUAAAGUAUUAUUACCCGAGAACCAAUGGGUCAAAUUUAAGAAACAACCCACUGUUAGAAAGCUGAAUGGCUACGCUUUAAAAUGAAUGUAAACUUUAACGUUUUUGUCUAUUAUUUGUUUAGCAAUUUACAUUUCAGUCGAGGAUUGCGCUUUUUUUGAUACACCCUGUAGAUCAUUGCUUGCUUGUAAUUUUAUUUGGUUUGACUAUGUCUUUGGAAUGUUAAAAGACGAAAUAUCAUCGAUUCUGUCUCUGUUGUCUUUUUUUAUUUUGAUUAUCAAGAACACAAGAUGUCAACUUUCGGAGUCUGUUUAGUACAGUAACCUCCUCCGCAAGCAUGACAGGCAACUAUGAUGGUAUUCAAACGGACUUUUAUGAAUAAUGUCGUAAUUAGGAAUUUCGCCCCCCGGGGGCGAAAUGCAGGGGGGGGGGCGAAAAUCCUGGGACACCGGCGCCAAUGCGUUGUAUCCCAGGGUACCCGGACAUUUUGCCGAAAGACAUUUUGCCGAAAGACGUUUUGCCGACGGACGUUUUGCCGAACGGACGUUUUGCCGAACGGACGUUUUGCCGAACGGACGUUUUGCCGAACGGACAGUUUGCCGAAAGGACAACUUGUCGAAGAUAGAGAUGUUCUUUCGUCAAAAUGUGCCACAUUUUUCAACUUUGUAAUUCUCAACCAUUGUGUAAAAUAACCAUUAUAUGGUAUUAUAUAGCAAUGCAUAAUGGUUCAUUAACAGUGCAUAAUAUGUCGUUAGCAGUACGGCAUAUCAUAUUGACUAUGGGUAGUUUGUUUGUGCAGCGGAUGACUCAUUUGUUAGGAACGUGUUUUGAAGUCACAUCGUAAACAAGCAAGCGUAUAUAAAGACAACGACGUAAGCGAAUUUCACUUUGAGAAUCAUUGAAUACAUAUUACAUUCACAGUUCUCGGGGUGUUGAAUCUCUCUCCUCCGCAGAGGCUUUAAUUGGCUAUGCAUGAAGGCGCGAAGCCUCUGCACGAUGUCACACCCAAUAUGGCGGUAAACCGGGGGGGAGGCGUAUAAUUAUCAAACGCAAAAUUCAAGUCAAAAUGACUGAGAAAAUAUCUCUUUACAAUACUGCAACAAGCUGACAAAGAGAUUAUUUACUAGAUCUACGAAAUAAGAAAGUGUUAUGUUCAGUUUGCGAGAAAACAUCUGCAUUUUUUCUAGACAAGGUCUCCAUCUACAGUAUAAAACAAUGCACGGAAACAACGUAUUUAGCGAACAGGUUUUGGUUGCAAGCGAAGAAACUUUUAUUUAAAUUUAUAUUUUACAUUUGUAUUUUCAGAAAUGUGUCCAAAACCGCAUAAAAGAAAAAAAUGAGUAUGUAUAGCAUACAGAACAUUAUUAAAUUUAUUAUCAAGACUGAAAAUACAAUUCAACUAAGACAACUAUUUCAACUUCAGCAAUAUUUAUAAACAAACGCGACCUUCAGUCGGUUUCGACCUGAUUUAUUUGGAGGUUCGUAUCUUUGGUUCAAUAUACGCUAUGUAGAUGAAAAUACCACCGUUCGAUUCAGUACAAAAAUAUCUCCUAGUUUCUAUCGAUAUUUUAGUGAAAUGUCAACACUAUAGCGAUUUAUGACCUUUGAAAGUCAAGCGGGAUUUUGUAUAUUAAUAUCAAAUCACGCAAUGUUUACACUUGAUAAAAAUAUAAACUAGGCAUACCUUUCGGCGAACAUAACUUCGGCUCCUUGGGACGCAUCCUCUUUGUAUUACUCUUGUUCGAAAGCGAAUUCAAAACACUACUUAGAGUGUUAUUUUUGAGCUUGUAUCUUGAAAACUUCAUCUUUUAUUAUGGUAUUUCCAUUCCUGGUCUGAUUGUGAACUAAUUCCCGAACAUCAGCGUGUGACAGGCGCGUGCGACUGUGCGAGUAAAACCCCGAUAUUUUGAAAAAUUAAAAAUAAAUAUUUCUACUGGCCGUAUUCAAAAGAAAUUUUCUACACGAAAGCGCUUGAAUACAAGGAGUAUUUUACUUCUUUGACUGGUGGCGAAUUCCGAAGAGUUCAAGAAAUAUUCAAGUUUUUCUCGAUACGAAAUACAGAAUGUUUCGCCAAGCGGCGAGUAAAAUAUACGAUUGUUUGCUUUGUGUAUUAAAUGUUAAAAAAUAUUACUUUUGACCAUCCACAAACAUGCAAGCACUAGUCAAUGAGGUCAAUCAAUCAUGCAUUAAAUAAUGAUUUAAUUUUCAAAAAGACGUUUCUUGUUUAGCUUAAAAAUCACCUUUUGUUUCGAUGUUUACACUUUGUCCCACUUUGCGAUGCAAAUCGUGCAGAGGCUUCGCGCCUUCCUUCGCCUUUCCCUUUGCAGCCUGCGCUCCUUCGCCCAGCGGCUACGCUCGUGUUUCCAGAUCCGCCAUGUAAAGUGUAGUGAAAUGUAUCUCAUCGUAAUAUUAUAAAAUCCUAAGAAAACUAAAGCCUCUGCGGAGGAGAGAGAUCCACUCCCAUUAAGCAGCCACUAAGUGUCACAUGUCAUGUUUGUGACCAUUCAAAUGGCAAAACGAUCCUUACUAAAAUAUAAAAGGCACCUCUGCCCCCUUCUAGUAAAAGGCAGGGGGGGGCAACCUCCCCCAGUUCCGGCAUCCCUGAACCAAUUUUAAUAGCCAAAUGUAGUGGGGCAAAAAGUGAUAAGCAUGCGGAAAGCAUGCACUUAUCAUGUACAAAGAACUUUUGCACUAAUUACUAACCAUUAUAUCUUUAAUUUACUAAUAUUUUUAAUGAUAGGUUGGUUUUCAUCUGCAGCCAGACACAACAAACUCUGGGUCAGUCCCAUGUCCACACCAGUACCAAGUCAGCCAACACUAUCCUCUGGAACUAAAGAGCCAGACACAACAAACUCUGGGUCAGUCCCAUGUCCAACACCAGUACAAAGUUGGCCAACACUAUCCUCUGGAACCAAAAAGAAAGUGCCUACUGGUAGUAUUUGUACACAUGAUGUAAUAUUUAAACUUCCCGUCAUAUACGUCGGAAAACAAGUAAUACGGAGCUAUAUGAGUUAAUCAGUUUUUAUACUUAUAUAGGUUGAACUUUAUUGCCAGUUUAUAUGUAAAAAUCAGUUGCUGUCUGCUAAAGCAUUACAAUUGAUUUUACAAAACUUUUAUGUUGGCAACUAAAUUGCUAACUUGGAAAGUUUGAAUGUUUAGAAAUGCAUAUUUCACAAGUAAUGUUUACAACAUGAGUGGCCGUGUUGUAUCGGAUAUACAAACUCGAGCCGAAGGCGAGAGUUUGUAUAUCCGAUACAACACGGACGCAAAUUUAUAUAAAUCAACAUGAAUCUGUAUCACAUAUACAGAUGCGACACGCAAUGAGUUUUUAAGUUGGUUUAUAAACAAAGCCCCCAAUUUCUCCCUAAUUAAAUCACAUACUUAACUUGCAAAUCAGCUUGCAGUUGAUUGGCAUUAGAAUACCAAUAAUCUAAAAAAUAGGAGUGCAUUGUGUACAUGUACAGUAGAUAACAAGAGUUGUCUAGCAAAUUGCCUUAAGAGGGGAUCCAGCAAGGUUUUUCUAGGGGGUUCUGGGUGAGCAGCCGAGUGAAUUAGGGGGUGAGUUAGACCCCUAGAAAUGCCAUUUCCUGCAAUAUGGGCAUUGAAUUAUGAGCUUCAGUUUGACGUCUUUUUUUACAUUUUACAUUCGAAGUAAGCGGACGUGUUCGAACGGGCUCCGCUAUGUCUACUGAAAAAGUCUAACUAUAGAAGCAAUUAUAGAACUAUGGGAGAAUCGAUUUCUGCCAAGUAUAAGGAACGAGAUUAAAGAGGAAUUAUCUGAAUUAAGAUCUGAAGUAAACGUUUUAACUGCCAAGUGUAAGGACAUUGAAACCUCACAGCAGUUCUUGUCCAAUGAAUUCGAUAACUUUAAAAAAAUAAUGCAUGAUAACAAGAAGAAAACUGCAGAUCUCUCGAAGAAGGUAAAUAUCGUUGAAACCAGAAUAGAGAAGGCAGAAGAAUCUAAAUCUAAGAAUGCAGUUAACGUUGCACUUGACAAUCUAGAACAAUAUGGUCGCUGAGAGUGCAUUGAAAUAUCUGGAAUUCCGAUGCUACCUAUCGAUAAUCCAAAGCAAUUAACGGUUGAACUUGGACAUUUAACGGGUGUUGAAAUUACUCAAGAACAUAUUUCAACAGCCCAUCGUCUACACUCGACAAGAAAAGUAAAGGAGAGAUUCAUCAUUAAAUUUGUGCAUCGCGACACGAAAGACGAGAUCUACAAGAAAAGAAGCAAGCUUGCUGGAAAGAAAUCGAAGGACCUGCCAUCCGUGGCUAAUGAGUUUGGCAAGAGCAUUCACAGAGCAGAAAGUAUAUUCAUAAGCGAGUCUCUUACUCCUUAUAGGAAAAAACUAUUUGGCCGCCCAAACGAGUUCAAAAAGAAUAACCAAUGGGAAUAUCUCUGGACAGUCAAUGGGAAAAUAUUACUGCGUCAAUCUGAACAUUCGCAAGUCUUUGGGUUUACAACAGAAGAGGAAUUUGAAGAGUUUCUGCAAGGUAGUUAGUGAUACAACAACAGUAGCUUACUUUAAUUAAUACAAUAUGAACUAAUAAUAAUUAUGGCAGACAAGACAUUUAAUAAGCUGUCCCACAACUUGAUGCAACAUCUACCGUUCUAUGAACUUAGUAAUAGUAAAUUUAAUUCCUUAAACGGUAUUUGGAUGAGGGAUUUAGAUUUGGUAACUGUCUUGUUCGAUAUAUUACCCAACCCUAAUAAACUUGAAGAAAACGAUCCUGACCUUAUGUUAAGUAAUAUAACUUCCAUUUAUUACUCUGUGACCAAGCUAAAUCGUCUAUUAGAAAAUAAGAGGUCAAAGUCCUUAUCACUCUUUCGUUGCAAUGCAAGAAGCCUACCAAAAAUCUUAACCUGGUUAAUGAUCUAAUUUAUACUUUAUCAAAUAGACCUAAUAUUUUGGCUGUUACGGAAACUAGAUUAAAUAAUAAUACUAUAGUAAACACUCAAAUACCAGGCUAUAAUUUUUAUCACCAAGAUUCUCCAAUGGCUGCAGGCAGGGCUGGCAUCUAUAUAUCGCAAACUCUAAAAUCAAGCAUAAGGACCGAUAUCAAAUUUUCUACUGAAUUAGUUGAAUCCUGUUGGAUUGAAAUCGAUAGUGGGAACAAUGCAAAAAAUCAAAUUAUUGUUGGUUGUAUAUACAGAUAUCCAAAGUCAAAGCUAGAUACAUUCACAGAAGAAUUGCAAGAGUUGCUUAGAAAAUUAAACAUUUGUUUUGGUGUAAAUAGGUAAUGGGACAAGUACUGGUGUGAGACAUUGUGUAACCUAAAUCAUUAUAGGACCAGUAUUCAAAUUUAGUGUUAUUUACUUCAACUUCAAUAGUAUGAACUGCAGUACGUGAUAAAUUACAGCAAUAACGAUUAUAGAACCUGAAGGAGGGGUGAAUUGGUUAUUUGGAAACGAUAAGUAGAGAGAUAAGGGAGAGAAAAGGAAAGGCAACCCUGUACGUGUUUCGACCUAACAGUCUUCUUCAGCAGGGUUUUUUAAAGGGGGUGUAUAGGUAGAAUUUGCAGAGGAGAAUGAAGGAGAGUUUAGGAGUUCGGUGAAUUUUGCAGAAGAGAAUGAAGGAGAGUUUAGGAGUUCGGAAAAGCAAUGGCACAGUAACAAAAAUGAAAGGUUGAAGGAUAGUGAGAAAUGAUAAAACUACUGCAUAUUAUAAGUCACGUUAUCCUACCAAAUGUCUUGUUAUGGCGAGACAUACCAACACCAUGCAUCUUGCUGUUCAUCAAAACAGGGUAAAUAUUAUAUAUAUCUCCUUGGUGAUUUUAAUAUUAAUUUUUUGAAAUAUGACCCUCAUCAACCAACUGAAAAGUAUUUAGACAUGCUUUACCCUAAUAAUAUAACCCCUGUUAUUACCAAACCAACACGACUAACCGACCAUACUAAGACUUUAAUAGACUAUAUCUACACAAAUGAACCAAUCUCAAAUAUAACAACCGGUAUUGGUCUGUUGGACAUAUCCAGUAUUCUGUAUCACAAAAAAAUGCAUGCAAAAAAACAAUGCAAAAAGAUUUUACAGAGAUUACAAACAUUUUAGUAAAGAAGCAUAUAUAAAUGACAUGCAAAAUAUUAACUGGAAUUCACUACUUAGCACAACUGGCAAUCUUAACCAAUCUACCGUAAAUAUAAUAAAUGUUAUCCAAGAUUUGGUAAAUAAACAUGUUCCUUCAAAACAAGCAUCACUCAGCAAGAAAAAGCAACUAAUUAAACCCUGGAUUACUGAUGGAAUAUUAAAAUCCAUAAAAACUAAACAAAAAAUGUAUAGGACCCACUUUCAUAGCAACAAUAUAGAGAAAGUAAAUCAAUAUAAAAGAUAUUCAAACAAACUAAAUAAAGUAAAACUAGAGAGCAAAAAUUACUACUAUAACACACAAUUUGCGAAGUGUAAAAAUAAUUUGAAAGCUACUUGGAAACUAAUUGGAUCAAUUAUUAAAUGUAAAACAAAAGGACAAAUACAUCCCACAAAAAUUACAAUCAAUAAUAAGAUAUAUACAGCUAAACAAGAUAUUGUCAAUCAGCUCAAUCAAUAUUUUGUUAAUGUAGGCCCAAAUCUUGCAAAUUCAAUCACGACUUCUAGCAUUCAACCAAUAAGUUACAUUAGUAAUGCAGCAGUACCUAGUUUUUUUAUGUCCCCAAUUACAGAGACUCAAGUACUCAAUCUUUUCUUAGGCCUAGAUAGUAAUAAAGUAUCUAUUGAUAUACCUAAUAUGAUAAAAAUAGCAGCAUAUGAACUUUUGCCAAUUUUUACUAAUAUUUUCAAUUAAUCAUUUCCACAGGCUUUGUUCCUGACAUCUUAAAAAUUUCUAGAAUUACACCUAUCUAUAAAAGUGGUGACACAAAUGAGCCACACAAUUAAUGACCAAUAUCUAUAUUGUUUUUUCAAAAGUCUUAGAACGAUUAGUAUAUAACCAAUUGGAUAGUUUUCUUGAAAAGUACAAUAUAAUGUACAAUUAUCAAUUUGGAUUCAGGAAAAGGCAUUCAACAGAGUAAGCAAUUCUCAAACUUGCUGAUAAACUAAAAUCUGCGAUAGAUAAUAAACAACUAACGUGCGGUCUAUUUUUAGAUUUUUCAAAAGCUUUUGAUACCAUUAAUCACAAAAUCAUUUUAGAAAAGUUGCAAAAAUAUGGAAUAUGAAGUGUUCCACUCCAAUGGUUUACAAGUUAUCUAACUAAUCGCCAACAAUAUGUUAGGAUAGAUAACAGACUCUGAAAUGUUAAGAAUGACUUGUGGAGUUCCACAAGGAUCAACACUUGGACUGUUAUUGUUUUUGCUGUUGUUAAGAAUUGACUUCUAAUUAGUUUAAUUAUUCUAAAUAGUUUAUGAUAAGAUAUGCAUGAAUAAAUAAUUAACCCAAAAAAGAUUAGUAGGUAGAAUUUUGAAUUGUGUAGUUAUAGUUAGAGCGCUUAUAGUUAGAGCACACCGAGAUUGAACGGUGAUAUAAACAAGAGUUAUUAACGAAGAGUUUAUAAAAGGGGAUCUGCGGGGACAGAGGUACGUUUAUAUAAUAAUAUACUGUAGUAAUUUAUAAUUGUAAUGUAUAGCGAAGUAGAUAGAUUGAUGACUUGUAAUUAUUGUUAUUUUAGUUUUUUACAUACUGUCCUGGAUAAAUAUACGUUUAACAUACAAGAAGACUAUAGACCACAAAGAGUCUAUGCAUUUGUGACUCAGACCACAAAAGGUCUAUGCAUUGCUGUUGGUUUGUUUCGCCGAGUUUAUCGGGACGGUUCAGUAAACUCAGCCGCUUUCAAAGUCCAAUCCUUUACAGUAAAAACUCUCCCGUGUUUAGAAUGGCCGUUUGUUUCAUGGUAAAGACAUCAAAUUCAACAGUAUAUGGUUUAGCUGAACAUGGCCGAGGAAUCUAAGAAUGGCACAGUUGACGAAGACGGCGUUACUGAAGAAAACUCCAACACUGCUGUACCGCGAUGAACAAAAUAAACGUCCUGGAUGAUCCAGAAGAAAAUCAAAAGAUGCUAACUAAACUCCCGAACUAUCUUGUGAACAGAUGGGGGGCGUGUUGUAGACAAUCGGAUUGGAGAAGACGUUAACGAACGAAGUGAUGACGAAGAUGAAGUUGGAAUGCCACAAACAACCGAGGGAAGUAACUAUCCUUUAUUCAAGGAAUUCUCCUGGUUUCUGAAGAAAGAAGCCCGGAUUGCAUGUAACCCUAUGAUCUCUCAAUGCUUUCUCAAAGGAGAAUCAAAGAAGAAAGAAGUGAAAGAGUCGAAUUAGAAACAAUCCUGUUAUAGAAAUGUUGGUGUCAGCAGUUUCGUGUCGCAAACAGAAGAUUUCUCUCCUACUCUUGAAGAAAGUCGAAUGAUGCCAAGGAAUGACGUAAAGAAACAAAUUUGCAUAUUCUGUAAAGAGAUGCACGAAAUAGAUGUCUGUGAGAAAUUUCUUAAACUUCCUAUGGAUGGUAAAAGAGAAUUGAUCAUCGCGAAACGUUUGUGUUGGGAUGCAAGGUUUGCAGUGAAGCACACCCAACUUCUCUUCACGGAGAUAAUCGGAAGUCAAGAUCGAAAUUGGCUACGAAAUCGAAAGACGAUUCUUCGAAAUCGAAAGACGAUUCUUCGAAACCGAGACAAGAACUGAAUAAAGUCAAAGACAGGUCGAAUGAAGAUACAACCAUUUCCAACUGCAUUGAAGUUUGUAAAACGAACACAUACAGUGGGCCAAUCUCACAUUCCCUCAUUGUUCCUGUUUGGCUGCAUCAUCAAACCAACCCGAAUCACAAAAUCAUGGUAUACGCGCUUUUGGAUGAACAGUCAGAUGCGUGCUUCGUUAAGGACUCUGUCCUGGAUGAAGUAGGAGUCAAUGGUCCUGAAGUUCAACUUGAGAUUUCAACAGUAUUGGCACGAGAAAACGUAAACAGUCGAAAGAUCGCUGGUUUAACAGUUUGUGGUGUUAACGAGACGAGUGAAAUUACCCUCCCUGGAACAUUCGCCCGAGAGGUAAUCCCAGCAAGACAUGGACAGAUUCCUAGACCAGAAUCGGCCCGGAAAUGGUCACACUUGGAGAAGAUCGCUGAGUUUUUUAUGCCAUUUUGAAACAAUGUGGUGGUUGGACUCCUCAUUGGCACAAAUUGUGCACGAGCGAUCAAACCACAUAAAAUCAUACCUGGUAAUGAUGACCCUUACACGAAAAGGACUGCACUUGGCUGGGGAAUUGUUGGCAUUGUCGAAGCGAAGGUAAACGAAGAAUCCGACGAGAAUUACGUUGUUGUGAAUCGAGUCAUCACACACGAAGCCAAUGUUGGUCCAGACAGAAGGAUUUGUCAUUUGGCUUUGAGAGCACAGGUCAAGGAGAUUAUGAACCCGAGUAUGUUCAAUCAAAUGUUCGAGUUAGAUUUCAGUGAACGAAGGAAAGAAGAACAACCUCUUUCCUACGAAGAUAAGAUGUUUAUUAAGAAGGUCAAGAAAGGAAUCCAUCAACGUGAAGAUGGCCAUUAUGAAAUACCCCUACCUUUCAAAGAUGACGAAAUGAAGCUGCCCAAUAACAAAAGUCAGGCAUUGAGCCGUCUUUUGAAGCUGAAGCAACGAUUCCUGAGAGACAAGAAAUAUCAAACCGACUACCUGACAUUUAUGAAUGGAAUCAUUGCUAGUAACUAUGCUGAACUUGUUCCUCAGGAAGAGAUGAAAUUGGACGAUAGUCGAAUUUGGUAUCUACCGCACCAUGGUGUCUAUCAUCAUAGGAAACCUGACAAGAUAAGAGUAGUCUUUGACUGUAGUGCUGUAUACAAAGAACAAUCCCUAAAUCAAAAUCUAUUACAGGGACCUGACCUUACAAACAGUCUGCUGGGUGUUCUUUGUCGUUUCCGCCAAGAUAACACUGCUUUCAUGUACGAUCUCGAGGCUAUGUUCCACCAAGUGAUGGUGAAUGUCAACGAUCGAAAUUUCCUUCGUUUCCUAUGGUGCAAGCAUUUGGACAACGAACCAAUUGUGUACCGAAUGACAGCGCACUUAUUUGGAGCAACUUCAUCACCUGGUUGCGCCAACGUUGGUCUAAAGACGACAGCCGAUGACUAUGAAAGAGAAUGUGGUAGCCAAGCAGCCAAUUUUGUGAGAGAUAAUUUUUAUGUUGACGACGGAUUAAAGUUUGUUUCCACGCCCACCGAUGCUAUCGAUCUAAUCCAGAAGACCAAAACGCUAUGCAAGAAAGGAGGCUUUCGUCUUCACAAGAUAAUCUCGAACAGUAAGGAAGUCUAUACCAUGCCUGAAAUAGGCAUUCAUUUUGAAGAAACAAAACAAAACACGCGUGCUACCGUGACAAAUGUGAAAUCGUUCCUUUUAAAAUUUUCUUGAAAUAAAUAGAACAGUUAGAAAACCUUCGUAGUUCGUAUAUUAUGUUCGGAGUGUAUUAAACAGUAUAUUAUAUCAGAAUAUUCUGAUACUAUGCUCUAUACUAUGCACUUUGUUGUUCUAACGUGCUAUCGUGUUAUUGCCGUGAAAUAUACAAUAUAUUCUUAUGCUCUAGCGUUGUUCUAACGUGCUAUUGUGUUAUUGCCGUGAAAUAUACAAUACUCUUAUAUUCUUAUGCUAUAUAGCGUUGUUCUAACGUGCUAUCGUGUUAUUGCCGUGAAAUAUACAAUACUCUUAUAUUCUUAUGCUAUAUAGCGUUGUUCUAACGUGCUAUCGUGUUAUUGCCGUGAAAUAUGAUACAAUAUAUUCUUGUGCUAUAGCGCUGUUCUAACGUGCUAUCGUGUUAUUGCCGUGAAAUAUACAAUACUCUUAUAUUCUUAUGUUAUAGCGCUGUUCUAACGUGCUAUCGUGUUAUUGCCGUGAAAUAUACAAUAUAUUCUUAUGUUAUAGCAUUGUUCUAACGUGCUAUCGUGUUAUUGCCGUGAAAUAUACAAUAUAUUCUUAUGUUAUAGCAUUGUUCUAACGUGCUAUCGUGUUAUUGCCGUGAAAUAUACAAUAUAUUCUUAUGCUAUAGCGUUGUUCUAACGUGCUAUCGUGUUAUUGCCGUGAAGUAUACAAUACUCUUAUAUUCUAGCGCUGUUCUAACGUGCUAUCGUGUUAUUGCCAUGAGAUAUUCAAUUCUGAUAUUAUAAUCUAUAUUUCUUGUGAUAUAGUUUGGGAUAAAAUAAGAAGUAUGUCUGAAUUUUCUCUUUUUUUCGUGGCAGUUUGACUGUGACUACUUUGUUCAUAAUGGUGGUGUUAAUUUAAUUAAGUAUAUGAAUACCGUUAGUGUGCAUUGUCUUUUACAAAGGACUUUUUGAUAAGACACUACACCAUUCAUACACCGUUCACAUAAAUACGCUCGUCAUACAUUCCCUUAUUCGUCCUUCCUUGGUUCUGGUCAAGUAAAGUGCUCCAAAGUUGAAUAAAACACAGUUGAUUUGGUAAGUUGAAAAUAUGUCACGUCUUUUUAUUAUUUAACUUUUUACUUUUUGACGAAGCACUUGCCGAUGUCGAUGAAUACAUUAUAAAGAUGUAAUAUUUUCCCAAUAGAAAUCCCUUGAUGGUAUGGCUACUUCACCGAUCAAGAGUUUGUCUGUGCGCGAAGACAAGGACGGGGCGAGAGCUAUUCACGCGAAAGUCAGCAAGGACAAGUAUCGAUGCGUGUCAAAUUUUUACUUCACGAUAAAAGCAUGUGUGAAAUUCCCUUCCAUUCUAAAUCUUGCGCGUUACAACGGUUGGAUUUUGGAUGUCCAUCGCACCGACAAUGUGUCAAUGUAAGUUAUCUAAUAUACAUGUAAUUAAGUAAUUUGUUUUUUAGUGCUUCAUGUUAAUAGGUACUGUAGAUGUGUCAUGUCUCUCAAGUUCAAGUCAUAAAUAAAGAAAGUCACUCUUUCAGUCACACAUGAUUUCCUAUCUAAAACGUAGAUAAAACGUACGAUGGUUGUACUGAUAUGAUCAAACAACGAAUUUUCAUUCAUUGGCGAUUUGCGGUAUACAAACAGUUUAAUUGUUUGAGUGACUUGUCGGUCUUUACUUGAGUGGACAUGCCAUGUUUUGCCACAUAAUUAUGAAAAUUUGCUGGCCGUUGUUCGCUAGUUACUUUUCAAAUAAACUUUAGUGUUAUUGACCGCAUCAAGGAAGCUAACAAGAAAUCGUCAAUAGUUCAUCUUGUGUUUUCAACUAGGCGAAAUUAGUCACGCAAAUUGAAUGACUUUUUACUUUGCUGACAGCAUGCGUUGUUGACUGUUUUCUUUGUCUGCAUCGCUCACGUCACCGCUUCCUAUACGACAACAAAGUCGCCUCGGUCGAAAUAUUUAAGCUGUGCAUUGCGCCAUUUAGAAUAUUUCGCGAUGCUUCGAGCGCGCAAAAACUAUUAAGAGUAAAUCAUGUUAACGUGAAACAACUUUUACUAUUCUAUCAAAUGCACAACUGAUGCAGGAAUUUAAAAUCGCUUGUGCCUUCAAACAAUAUAAAUGCGGUUUCAAAUUUUCCAAACUUUUUCAGUUCAGUAGAACUGUGUCAGGUUAAUUUUUCGAAUCUAUUCUCAAAGUGACAAUCAGACAGCAAUACGAAAGUUUUCGACAAUAAGAGCUAAACUUUCGUCGCGAAAAGUAAUUAUAUCUUCUAUCUUACUUAGAUAGAAUCCUUUUCCGAGUCGAAAAUGGGCAGUAAAGGCACAUAGUCACAGUUUUAAUUUAGCGAUGUUUUUUAGUAUGAUAUGAUGAACCACUCACAAAUCAAUAAACUUGAAAAUUUUUAAAUAUGUUUCAAUCGAAACUAGGAUUAUUCAUAAUAUAUUUGUAUAAGUUUUCUGGUUUUAAAUAUUUAUUUAUUGCGAGCUUUCGACUGCCAGUCUGCAGUCUUCAACGGGUGGAUUACAACGAGACUGUGACAAUUACAACGGUUUACAAUUAUAUUUAUAUCACACUUGUGUCGGUUUUCUUUGAUCGUCCGAGGUUUAUAACUAGCUUAUAGACCUUGAAUAAAUGAUUGGAUUAAACUUGUAGACAAAACGCGAGAAUUUUUCAUUAAAAAUUUUUGAAAAUGACAAAAUAUGUUAGAAAACCUCCACAAGUGUGAUAUAAGUUAGUUAUAAACCUCGAAAGUCGGUUUAUAACUGAUAUAUUGCCCUCGGACGCUAUGCGUCCUCGGGGGCAAUAUAUCAGUUAUAAACCUCCUACUCGGUUUAUAACUCUAACAUAUUAUGUAGAUACAAAAUGUUAAAAAUGACAGUUCCGCUUAUAUACAGGAUUAAUGACUUGAAUUACAUGUAGAUUAAUUGUUCCGGUAAAAGUUUUGAAUUGUUGCCAGAGUUUUUUUGUGCAUGCAUGCAGUCAUUUUUAACAUUUUGUAUUUAUAUAUGUAAGGCCAAUGAAAAUUGAUAUCAUGUUUAUCGUCCCCGCCCGCAUGGGAUUUAUCUGCCGCACGAAAAUUUUCAUUAUUCAUUAUUUUUGAAAAAUAGGCUUAAUUAGCAAGGCACCAAAUUGAUCUCCAUGCAGAUCAAAGUAUUAUUGCUGCAUUCCGCAAGCGCAACUCAAAUUCUAUCUUUCUAAAGAUAUUAAUCGCCAGAAUGCCUCUAUUUUUCAUGUCAGCCCUGGUAUGUAUAGAAAUAUACUGUAUAGUGUAGGACGUAUUAAAUUAAAAUGAAUUAUACACCGAUUUACUUCAGACUUUUAUGAGGUUUUUUACUGCUUCAAGGAAAUUAUUGACAUGCAAUUCAAAUACAAAAAAUAAUGAAAAAUGAAAAAAUCCCGCUCCAAAUUUUUGAAAAUUGUGGACGAGAAACAUGAUAUCAAUUUUCAUUGGCCUAAUUGUAAACCGUUGUAAUUGUCACACUUUCAUAAUUGUAAUGAUUUAAAUUACAUCAUGUAAUCCACCCGUUGAAGAGUGCAGGCGCCAGUCGAAAAGCUCGUUAAAACCAGAGAACGUUAUUAAUCAAUCUUGAAAAAGUUCAUAAUCGCUGGAAAACGGUGAUCAUAUGUCUUUGAAACAAUGGGACGCCGGACGCGUGACUAUAAAGGCGCUACUUGUGUGGGGGGCUUACACUUUCGUAAUAUGGGUGAAGUUUCCUGAUAUGAGCGUCACGGAAUGUCGUCACAAGGGGUGGGGCAUGGUAUGGGUUGUGGGUAGGGGUAAGAGGUGCGGGUGGUAGUUAUUUGGGGAUUCUUAUACGAAGCUUCAGCCAAUAAUAUGCAGUCCCGUAUUUGAACUGCAUGUGUGAAAUUUACUAUACUUUUUGAACCAUUGUGUCCAUGACAAACAAAUUAUUAAUCUCAUUAUAAUCUCAAUUUACGCGAUCCUGAUUGGUUAAAAAGGUCGACAAAUAUCCAGGCUAUGGCUAUAUAAUCAGGGGGAAAGGUAUUUUUCGAGUUUAGCCCUUUUCGAGUUAAGCCCCUACCACGCCCUUUUUCGCAUGGGACUUCGGGGCCGAUUACAUGGACUGGGCUAGCCCGAUCAAUCGGGCUGAGAAAUGUCACGAAAAUCUUCCUUGGGCCGCAAAAUGAGUUUUGAAUCAGGUUUAGGAUAAUUUUGCAUCUAUAAUAAACUAAUUAUUUUAUCGCAAAUUUAUUUUACGCGAGUUUUAAAACCACAGUAAGGUCCUAAACAAACGAGCCAGCCCAGUUAACCGGGUCAGCCCAGCACGAUGUAAUCAGCACCUUACAGUUGAUUUCACGAAACUUUGGCCACGCCAAUUGCGAGGUUGGUUGGGAAUCGAGAUCAUCAAGUUGAUUGGAAACCGGCCAAUCAAUUCAUUUAAUAAUAAAUAAUAUCAUAAUAAUAAUAAUUUCAGGUUUAAAAUUAUAAUAAGUUUAAUACAAUAAGUUUACUUUAUAAAAUUUACCGUCAAAAUCGUUUGCAAUUUGCGAACUCGGUUCGGAAUUUUAUAACGAAUUUCGAUAAUUUGGUGCGAAACUUCCGAAUUUGAUUGGCUGGUUUCCAAUCAACUUGAUGAUCUCGUGUUUAUAGUUCCCAAAUUCCCAACCCAUCCGGUAAUUGGCGCGGCCAAAGUUUCGUGAAAUCAACUGUAACUCGAACUCAGUUAACGAUUUGACGCGUGUAUACUCGCAAAAAACAUUCGCAUUAUUAUAAGAUUAUAUUCAGAGAGGAAUUUUAUAAAUAAAACAACACAACAUAUACAGGACAGGGUGUAUAAAAAACUGAACAAAUUUGAAAUUGCUCUCAAUUUCGCAAAACACCUAUUAGUAUCCAGGUUUUGAUAUAUAGCUUCUUUGGGUACUUCUUUGGGUAUAUAUAGCUUCUUUGGUACCCUGGAUUCCAGAGCCUUCGACAGUAAAUAAUAAAUUGAAACGUCGCGAAGGCUCUGGUUAACGGGAAGAUUCUUUGAUUAAACCGCGCCAAUCACAAAACAGAAUUAGUGGUUUUAGUAUAGAUGCUGCCCCCCCCCCCCAAUAAUUCCAUUUGUUUUAGAAAAACACACGAAAGAACUAAAAAAGUGCAAAAGCAAUUAAUAUAAAUUCAGAUUUAUUCUUGAGCCACCCAAUAUUGAUUUGCUUCCGACAGCGUUUUUUAGGGAGGCGCAGACGAGCGUUGAAUAAUCUGAUAAAACACUGCUACUCGUGUUUAUAGCUUAAAAUACGACUACAAAAUAACUAAUUAGGAUGAACAAUUAUAUAAGAAUAAUAUAUUAGGAUGAACAAUUAUAUAAGAAUAAUAAUUAGGAUGAACAAUUAUAUAAUGCCAUAUGCAUGCAUGAGUUUUGUAAAGUCACUCCACGUGACAUAUUAUGGCUGAUAUGAUUUGCCACAAGAUUUAUGAAUUAUUAAUGAUAUUUUAGGGUAAUAAAAAACCCAACAAAUUUUCCAUCCAUUAACUCAAAAUACGAUUAAAGCUUUAAAAUUUCUUCCUCAAACCAUUCUUAAUUUAAAAUCGUUAAUUGAGUUCGAGUUACGCCCCGGGGCCUAGCUAGAAGUAUUAAAACAACGUUAUGUUGAUCGAGUUAAGUCCUCGGCGAAAAAGGGCGUUGCAGCGGCUUAACUCGAAAAAUACCUACCCUAUAAUCGGCAAGUUCAAUGAUUUUUAUCCCACGAGUUUUAACAAGUUUUAGAGCAUUUCAGACCACUCAGUUCUUUAUUCAGACUCUGACUAUUGUUGGUAUACUGACAAUUAACCAAAACACUAGAACUUUAAGGGAAACAGGAAGUUUUAGCAAGUUUCCCGAGGUUCUUACCAAAACGCACUGUUUCCAUAGGUUCUAGUAUAUCGGCAAGAUAUUACGGAUGUAUGUUUUAUACUGAGCACUGAUUGUUGUUAUUUUAUUUUUCUUGUAUCUCGGUCAAACUCGUGUUUGCGGCUAAACUUACUGCAGUAUAUCGUCUGCGUCUCAGAAUAUUUGUUCACAUUAAUGCAUGUUCCAAAGCACUAAAUUCGAUUUGCUUGACCAAUUAAUUCAACAUGAGAACGUAUGCUGGCCAAUCAAAACCGUCUAUUUGUCCAAUGUUCGAAAAGUACAGUAGUAAAUUCCACACCUGCAGUUCAAAUAUGGACUUUAAUAUUGUCUAAAUAGUGAAAACACUAAAAUAUUCUAGUACUAAAUGGACCAAUCCCCAAUUAACCAAAAUUUUGAACUCAGCAAGUCUAGACAAAAAUUUCAUCGCAGCUUGAAAGAGCAUCACAAAAUUAGUAAUAUUCCAAAUUUUCGUUGCAAGAUGCUGUAAAAUGCGGAUAAUAUAGCCUUGCGAAGUUUGCAAUUUUCAAUCAUUUUAGAUUACAAAGAGGAAAUGGUUACCACUUCUGUGUGUAAUACAAAAUGACUGAAAAUUACAAACUUCGCAAGGCGAUACUAUCUGCAUCGCAAGGCGAUACUAUCCGCAUUUUACAACAUUUUGGAACGAAACUUUGGAAUUUUACUAAUUUUGUGAUGCUGUUUCAAGCUGUGAUGAAAUUUUUGUUUAGGCUAGUUAAGAUCAAAAUUUUGAAAAAGUGGUAAACAUUUCCCAUUUGUAAUCUAAAAUGACUGAAAAUUGCAAAUUUCGCAAGGCUAUAUUAUCGCGUCGUAAUCUCCAAACUUUUGAAUUUCGGAUUCUUAUUAUUUCUUAAAGUAUAUUUAACUCAUAUGUUUAUGUAUUUAUAUAUAGGGAAUGUUUUGUCGCUUGCGAAGAAAUGCACGUAGUCAAGCAAUUUAAAGCCGCAAUAAAUCGACGGUUUAACGAAAAUUGUCGCGUGUUCUGGCACAAUCUUUCCGACUCGCAAUUGAUCGAUUACACCUGGUCAAAAGUCCGUGAAUUUUUUGCCAAUAGUGGGAAGACGUUAGUUGGAACGUUAUCUACAGGACGUCAACCGAAUUUGAAGAAGCUGGACGAAAGAGGAAAUCUUGCCGAUGUUGAACAGUCGGAGUUGCGAACAUUGCAAUCUUUGAAAGAUUUGGUUGACGACUUUGAUGAAGCCGUGUAUAUCAUCAAUGAGAAGUUGCAGGUAAAAGAAAAUAGGACAUAUAUAUUUAUAUGUUGUGCAUGCUAGUGUUAACUCGGUAAUAUGAUAAGGAGAAAAUGUUCUCGAGUGAGUAUUUCAUAAUUUCCAGACCGCACUCAAGCAGAAAACUCUACCCGCCGCGGCAGGGUUUCUAGCCUGUGUGCAAAGUCAAUAGUCAUCCAGUUGACGACGAUCCGAAUACUAAGUUGAGAUUUUUUUAAAACGGAGGUGCAUGGGAAUAUUACAAUGUGAAAUACUAAAAAUUUUAACCAAUUCAAUGAAUACGUUUAUCAUCAAGGAAUAUAAUAUAAUAAAAGUGAUGUGUGUAAAUCCACGUGGUCAAUCUUACAGAUUAACAGAUACGGCGAAAUCCAAGAAGAAAAUUGGCAUUUCAAGUGGAUGGUCCCAUACUUGCGCCUUAUUCCAUCGGCCAUGUCUGACAAGGAAGUACGAGGAUAUUUGGAAGGCAAUUUGGAAAGCUACGUCAUUAGUAUUGAACGACCAUUCCUUCAAUUUGAUUGGCAUGAGUUUAUCUCCAAGUCAAAGGACUUUUUCAAGGGGAACUUUCUGCCGUUCAUGUUACUCCUAAGUGGCUGUGUUGCGGCUUUUCACUACAAAAAAGUCUUAUCUUGUGUGGGUAAGUAAUUAAUGUAGUCGCGGUUAUUAAUGUUUUCUUCACUUUAGAGAUCUUUGCACUAUAUGAAAGUGUUUUAGAUAGAAAACAUAAAGACGUACAUAUAUUCAGAUGUUUCAUAUUAAUUUUUAGGUUCAUGUCCAGUUGCAAUCGCAGUUGGCGAUAUAUCAACUGGGAAGUCAACUGCAUUGAGCCUGGUAGCUCGGCUAAUGGGCCUGCACAAGGUGUCGCAGUCUUCAGGCGAAUAUGUGGUGUCAUAUUUAAAGAGGACCAGCUUCCCAUUAUGCUGGGAUGAUCCUACAUACCAGUCCAGCACACGUCGGCCGCUGGUGUCAGUGUUCAAUGGACUUGGCAACCAAACGCAGGAAAGGGGAAGCGAAACUCCAAUAACGUCGUUUCUCCUGACAGUCAACUUCAAAAUGGAAGAUGAUAUGAGGUAUGUCAUGAUGUAAAGAAUUAAUUGACGUUAGCCUAGCUGCAUCGCAGAGUCAAGCUGAGUUCCAGCCGCGCGUUUUUAUACGCACGGAAAAGUUUACAUAAUUUUAAAUUUAACACCAAUAUGAAUUACCUGUACAUAUGCACAUUAAAUCAUUCAUAAAACUAUAUGCUUUCCUUCUAUUCAUUCAGUUAUUUCAUAAGUAAUUACAUUUCAACUUCUCCGUAUACACGCACGUAUAGUACGAAAAACGCGUGACUGGAAAGCAGCCUUUAGUGUUAAGUCUGUAUAGAUUUAUGUUGCAGACUAAAUUGACCUACGUAUAAAACAAUUUCACGGUAAACUCAGUGGAAAGUGAGAGCUUAUCAUAUACAUCUGAUUGAUUAAAUCCUAAAUUAUUUGUACUUAAGGUCAUUCGAAAGAACGCUACCAAUAUGGUUUAAAAAGCUCGCAGGCAAGGAUUAUGAGAACGUGGACGAGUUUAUGGACGAUAAACAGACCAUUUCUAACUUGGCCACCACGCAUGCCAUCAUGGACGUCAUCAGCAUGGGUACGCGAAUAAGCCGCGAAAAUGUUGCGUUGCACACCAAUUUCUUCAUGCGACAUUUAAGUGGCUUAUCCCCCAGACUGGCGGAAAUUUAUUCUGUUUACAGGCUGAUUUCCCAUCUGGUAAGUUGCAAAUGUUACUUUAUUAUAACAUAAUACCUGACGAAAAUAACAAGAAAACUUCAAAAUUUCCAUAAACCUUCUUAUGUAUGUUAAAUCUAUUUUUAUAGAAAAAAUUGGAAAACCGUCCGGACACUUACACAAGCACCGAUGUUUUGAAUUGGACUUUUAAAUUUUUAAUUCGAUUUUUGUUUAAUAUUCCACAGGUUAUAGAGUUGAUCAACGACGAUGAACUGCUCAACAAGGAGACUCUUGACGAAUACUUGACUGACGAGUUUGUGCCUUACGUCACUUCGUUUUAUGAUGUAACCGUCCAGGCACAUACAUCCCUGGACGAGAUCUUUCAGUUAUUCGUGCAAGCCAUCACCAAGAAACAACUUGAUAAACGUGAGGUAUAUAAACCUGGCAUAAGUUAUCGUUAUUUUGGUGUAAACUUCGUGAUGAAUGCCAACUAUUAUACAUAUUAGGAGAAGAGAGAAUUAUUAUAUGCAUAGUGUUGGAAGAAGCAAUAGCAGUAUGUAUGCUUUCUUUCAAUAGGUUGGAAAAUGGAUACGGCCAAAAGUGAAGGGGAAGAAGGAAAAUCGGUCAACCGAAUACAUCGCAUUCUUUAUUCCCGGUGUGUUGCAAUGCAUUCAAAGUGCCAACCUUACUACCCCAAGCGAUACCAGUGUUUGCGAGUUGGUUCAAAAAGUUCAAGGAGCAACUACGGACUUUAAGUCAACGUUCGUGCGAUGUCCCAAGAGAAUUGUGUGCAGCCGUGUGCCAAGACACGCCCUCAGCAAGGAAACAUUGUCACAAAUUGAUAAAAGUACGUAUUUACAUGUUGUGUUGAAAUAGAUUUUAUCGUCUUUGGAGAUUCCUUAUACCCAAUUCAAUAUUACCAGUUACCAUUAACUAUUGCAAGUAACUGAUUUCAUUGGUCAAUAGAAUGUAGUAGUUCGUCGCAGUGAGUAUACUUACAGUAUAGUCUAGAAACUACAUAUCCAAAUGUAUGUUUGCAAUCGACUUGGGUUUACACGUAGGCAAACCGAUCAUAUAAAUUAAACCAAUUGAAGUCUAAACUGAACCCAAACUAACUACUAGCAACUUAACUAAUUUUCUUAAAAUAUCCUAUUUGAACUAUAUGCGACCAUCGAAAAAAACCCACAUUGUUCUACAUAAUAAAGCCUCAAAAAAUCCAUUCAUGGUAUUUUUAUUUUUUCACUGAAAUAGUUUUUGACAUGGAGAAAGAGGAGUAUGGAAACGACACCAACAACGAGACAGUCGACGAAGAAGACAACGACCAUGAUGUGACAGAGAGGUGCAACAGUUGUGUUGAAAAGGACACAGAGUUGCAAGAGACCAGAGAGAGGCAUCGUCAAGAAAUCGAGGACACCAAGCGAUGGUAUGAAACGGAGAUGGAAUCCCUGCGACAAGAUCUCAACAAAAAACUGGAAGAAAAAGACGGAGAAAUUUCUGCGUACAAAAGAGAAAUUUCAACACUGCAAGAGAAGAUGAUGUAUACGCAUCCUACAAUACCCAGCAGCACAUCAAGUGUUGUUGCCAGAGGAAUUACCUCCCUAGUUUGUAAGUAUAUACUGUUUGUUAGGUUUUUAACAAUUGUCUCUCAUCAACUCAAUUAUCUCUUUAAAUUAAAAACCCAGGUGGAAACGAAAGGUCUCAAAACGUGCUAACGCCUUCCUUAGACGAUUCCGGUAAGUUUAAGAAAUAAAUGUUCAUGUAUUUUGGAUGAAAGCAUGUAUUCAUAUGUAUUUAUACUAUUCCACAAUCCUGGCGUAAAUAUGUAAGGAACAAAAAAGAAAAAAGUAAAGAACGAGGACACUAGAACAAUAUUUUGCAAUUUGUAGAAAUUCAAUAUAGUGUUACAAAUCUGCGCACAAGUUUGGUUAAGUUAAACGUUUUCAGCUCGCUGCUUUAAGGUCACAUUUCAUCCUCUUCUCAAACGUGCUGUAUGCAUGCAUGUACAUUAUAUUUACGCAUGCCUUAUCCAAUAUUCAUGAUUAUAUUUUAGAGCAUUUUAUCUAGAAUUCUCUAGAGUUAUCUACGUGGAGCAUUUUAUCUAGAGUUCCCCGACAUAUUAUAAAACUAUAAAAGUUCACCAGACAUAUGUAGAAACUAAAUAAACAUUGUAAUUCUGAAAUACUCGCUUAGCUUAGCAUAUAUUUAUCACCAAGGUUUUUAUUAACAUAUAUCACAAAAAUGUUUUGUGCAUUUUACCUUAAGGCUUGGUAGAGGACAUCCAUGAUCAAGAAGACAACGAACUUCAGAAAAGUAAUGCUGGUGAGUCCAAUAUUUUACCGUAAUAUUGUCAAAAAUCAAUGUCAUCGAAAAUAUCUAGCAUUGUUGCUCACUACCAUUUGUGCAUUCCACAAAUUGAAAACGAAAAAUUUAAUUUUGCAUGUUGUUACCGGAACAGUCGUCCCAAUAGAAAAAUGUUGGUCAGUUCAUUUCCUAACUUGAAGGAACACCUCUGAACACUCUUAUAAAUAUUUUAACAGGUUUCCUUUUCCUUAACAAUUCAAAAGUUCGUUUCCAAUUGACCAAUCAGAAUUUAUAUUUUAUUUGUUAGCAAUUCUGAUCAGUCAAUUGGAAAGGAACGUUUGAUUUUUUAGGGAAACCUUAGCCUGGACUAAGCCGCAUACUUUUUUCAGGUUCAGUGAUGCUUGCAUAAAUUAAAUUCCCUCGGGAAAACCUGUGAAAAUGAACAUUUUUGAAAAUCAACAUUUUUCGGAACGCUUCUAUUGGCAAGACUGACGACUGUAAUAUACAUCAUUAAGGUUAGCGUCUUGUUAUUUUUUAGAACCUGUACAGCCCAGGCAAAAAAGGGCGAGAUGCUCAAGCAGCGGAAACAAGAAUGUAUGUAAUAUGUGCAAUAAAGGCAAACACAGUGGCAUGAUUAAAUGUAUAUCAUGCGAACAAUUGCAGCAUUUUUCGUGCUUAAGAAAGAAAGUCAAAGAGGCUAACGAGAUAGCAGCAACUUUCAAAUGCAAAGACUGCAAGUAA